AUGCUCGACAAAGAUCGCAUGGACCGGGAGGCUGCGUCUCGAGCGAAGAAUGUGGAGGAUAACGACAACGACAAGUCGAAUCGCCAGUCAGCGCAGAAAGACGGGGACGAGGACAAUGGUGCAGAGAAGCAAAAAGAAGGCGAAGAAGAGCAACGGGGUGAAGCGGAGGAGAAGAUGAAUAAAGAGGCGGGAAUUGGGUCCUUUCCCCUCGGUAUCUUGGCCUGUCCCGAAUAUCAAGCUGGAACGACCGCAACAAGUCCGCAACUCCCUAAAGCAGUUCCGAUCGACAAGGAAGCUUUGAAGGAUACAUUCUCGAAGUUUGCUGAAUGGGAACAACGGUCACAAGGGACCGGUCCAAAACAAAAUUCCCGCAAGAGGGGAUUAGACAUCGUUACAGAUGUGGCCGAAGACGUCUGGGAUGGUGCCAGAAAACGGCGAGGCAGAACUCCGAGAGAUUUUGGGGACAUGGACAAGGGGGAUGAUGACGGGCCGCGGAAGAAGCAAAAGACUGGUGAAGCGGCCUCUCUCAAACCUUCUCGCCAUGAGAAAAAGGACUUCCUCGGCCAAGUCAUUUACGGGAUCGGACGGAACUUGCGGAGUCCGAUUUAUCGUGCGGGUUCCCGCUGGCAAGAACCGUUUCCAACCGGACGGUUCAAAAAUCCAGAUGGACUGGUACGAGCUUUGGACAUCGCGAUGAAGGGUGUCCGGCGCAACCCGGCUCACAGUGUGGAGUCAUGGAAAGAGCACGUUGAAAGGGAAGUUCAACUUCUUGGGGAAGGCUGGAACGCGUCCGAGUGGACGAAGGUCAUGGAAAUCGGGACCGACGAUGGGAAGACACAGCCGGAACGCUUGUGCGCUUUCUUUGAGUUUGCUUGGGACUCUGGAGCUUACGGGAAAGCUUUCAACGAGUGUCAUUCUCCUGCACGAGCACAAGCAUACGGUAUACUGGCUCAAGCAGUCGAGGCUCGCGAGGAAAGGUGGCAGGGGAUAUCGAAGCGGGAAAUCAUCCGCAAGAUAAAUUCUCUGGGAAAAGAUGGAUACAAUGUCCUGACAAAAGAGCUUGAGAGGAGAUGGGACGAGAUCAUCGACAUGAGGAGCGAGCAGCGGAUGCGUCACGCGUUGUUGGGAGAUACCUUCAGAGAUUUCAGAGCUGUCUCUGAGAUCGAUGGCCGGCCGCAUGAAUGCGACACUCCCGACAAGAAGCAGCUGUGGGACGUCGGUCGGAGGUAUCUGACGAAGGCGACUGCAAUGCGGGAAGCACUUGGAAACGUGGUACGAGGUUGCGGAUGGCAAGAUGGGGUGUAUGGGGCGGGAAUGGAUGAAAGGUGCCACUCCUGCUUUCAUUGCUGUGGUCGGGGGGAUAUUCGAGGUCUUCGCCAAUCGUCCGGAUUUCAAGUCGACCAGUUCCUUGGCCGGCGAGAUACAUUACCUCCGACGACUGUGGGUGAAGGACGGUUCUACGAGAGCGAGUGGGUUCCCAUCCUGGAUAUGCUGCGACGCACCGAUGGUGUUUUGCUACAAGCAACCUGGGCGCCUUUGCAAAAAGUUGUUUCACUCCCGGAGGCUCGACAUCGUUGGGCUGAUAUCAGCAGCCGCGCGCGUGAGCUCUGGCGGGAACACGGCACACAGGAGCCGGUGGACCCUACGCGCCCAGGUGGAAGACACGAUCGGGCUAUUCCCGCAUACGGAGACUUGGGCGGUUACUUUGCCGACGUCCACAAUCUCAAGCUCGGAAGGAUGGACGGUGUCUCGUUCCGAGAACGUUGGGAGUUGCGGGAAAAU